GGUGCUGUGGCUUCUCUGAUCUCAGGUCCCCCUCCUCCGCCCAGGCCCCGCCCCUGCCCCUCCCAACCUGGGCCUGGAAGUGUGGGUGAGAGCUCCUCUAGGACACCCCUUCCCUUUGGGGAAAGAAUUGCGCCCCCCAAGCCCUGCCCAGGAGACGCCCCUCUCCUCCUCCAUCAUCAGCUCCCCUCCUGGGGCAGGAAGUGCCUCUACCCGCAUCCCCACCUGCCUGGCCGCCAGGGUCUGCUGGCCCCCCAGCAGCCAGAGAUGACAGUCAAGCUGGAUUUUGAGGAGUGUCUCAAGGACUCGCCCCGGUUCCGAGCCUCCAUCGAGCUAGUGGAAGCCGAAGUGUCGGAAUUGGAGACCCGUCUGGAAAAGGCGGUUGACAUCAUAGCAGCUUCUUUCUCCAAGGCCGGGAGGAGAGUCUCUGCAGUGUGUGAUGGCAGGAUGGAGUCAACACAUAUCCUAAUGUAAUCCUGGGUGUGACACCCCACCACGCAGCAGCUCACAGGUCCAGCUCCUGCUCAAGGGGUGGGACUCACGCAAGGCUGUGAAUCACUGGGGGUUCACCCCACUUGCCUGUUCGUUUCUUGUCUAUUCUCUUUCCACUAGAAUGUAAAUGUCAUGAAGACGGGGGCUUUUAGGUUUUGUUUCUUGCUCAAUCCCCAGUGCCUAUCCCAGGGCCUGACAGCUAGUAGGUGACCAAUUCGUAUUUAUUGAGGGGACAAGAGACACAUUCUGGGUUCAAUGAGCACAGAAUGGGACAACUACAGAAGGUAAAUACUGUGGAAUCUAAUACCAACCACAUAGAGAAUUGAUCCCAUGAGCCAACCUGUGCAGGAAGUGGAGUUUCUGGGGAGCUCUGGAUCCAAAUAGCUCCUCAAGCUGGGUACCGGCCUCCUGGAAAGCGGGCGCCAUUAUCUUGCCGCCGGCCGUGCCUUCAUGGUUGGCAUCUGUGACCUGGCCCACCUGGGACCGCCGGAGCCCAUGAUGGCGGAGUGUCUGGACAAAUUCACCAAGAGCCUCAGCCACAAGCUGGACAGCCAUGCGGAGCUUCUAGACGCCACCCAGCACACACUGCAGCAGCAAAUCCAGACCCUGGUCAAGGAAGGUCUCAGGGGUUUCCGAGAGGCUCGCCGGGAUUUCUGGCGGGGGGCUGAGAGCCUGGAGGCUGCGCUUAUCCACAACGCAGAGGUGCCCAGGCGCCGGGCCCAGGAGGCAGAAGAAGCAGGCACGGCCUUGAGGACUGCACGAGCUGGGUACCAGGGCCGGGCGCUGGAUUACGCCCUCCAGAUCAAUGUGAUUGAGGACAAGAGGAAGUUUGACAUCAUGGAGUUUGUGCUGCGCUUGGUGGAGGCCCAGGCUACUCAUUUCCAGCAGGGCCAUGAGGAGCUGAGCCGGCUGGGCCAGUAUCGCAAGGAGCUGGGUGCCCAGUUGCACCAGCUGGUCUUGAAUUCAGCCCGAGAAAAGAGGGACAUGGAGCAAAGACAUGUGCUGCUGAAACAGAAGGAGUUGGGCGGGGAGGAGCCAGAGCCAAGCCUAAAGGAAGGGCCCAGCGGCCUGGUCAUGGAAGGACAUCUCUUCAAACGGGCCAGCAACGCGUUUAAGACCUGGAGCAGGCGCUGGUUCACCAUUCAGAGCAACCAACUGGUUUAUCAGAAGAAGCACAAGGCCCCCGUGACCGUGGUGGUGGACGACCUGCGGCUCUGCACAGUGAAGCUCUGCCCUGACUUGGAAAGGCGGUUCUGCUUUGAGGUGGUGUCCCCCAGCAAGUCCUGCCUCCUCCAGGCCGACUCGGAGCGGCUCCAGCAGCUGUGGGUCAGUGCCGUGCAGAGCAGCAUUGCCACGGCCUUCAGCCAGGCUCGCCUCGAUGACAACCUCCGGGCUCCAGGCCAGGGCUCGGGACACCUGGCCGCGGGCUCAGCUGCCACCCUGGGUGGUGGUGGGCCAGCCAGGGGAAGGGAGUCCGGGGGAGCCGGGCAGGUGGUGGCUCAGGUGCAGAGUGUAGACGGCAAUGCCCAGUGCUGUGACUGCCGGGAGCCGGCCCCGGAGUGGGCCAGCAUCAACCUUGGGGUCACCCUCUGCAUUCAGUGCUCCGGCAUCCACAGGAGCCUUGGUGUCCAUUUCUCCAAAGUCCGGUCUCUGACCCUCGACUCAUGGGAGCCAGAACUAGUGAAGCUGAUGUGCGAGCUGGGAAACAUAGUCAUCAACCAGAUCUACGAGGCCCGUGUGGACGCCAUGGCGGUGAAGAAGCCGGGACCCAGUUGCUCCCGGCAGGAGAAGGAGGCCUGGAUCCACGCCAAAUACGUGGAGAAGAAAUUCCUGACCAAGCUUCCUGAAGUUCGUGAGGUUCGAGGGCGAAGAGGUGGCCGGGGGCCCCCUCGGGGGCAGCCUCCUGUGCCCCCAAAGCCUUCUGUCAAGCCCCGCCCAGGGAGUUUCCAUCCCAAGCCAGCUGACCUUCCCCGCACAGAGCCCCCGCCCGAUGACCUGGGCAGCCUGCACCCCGGGGCCCUGCUGUUCCGAGCUGCUGGCCAUCCUCCCUCCCUCCCCACCAUGGCCGACGCCCUCGCCCAUGGAGCCGAUGUCAACUGGGUCAAUGGGGGCCAGGAGAACGCCACGCCACUGAUCCAGGCCACAGCUGCUAAUUCUCUUCUGGCCUGUGAGUUUCUCCUCCAGAACGGGGCGAAUGUGAACCAAGCGGACAGUGCAGGCCGGGGCCCGCUCCACCAUGCAACCAUCCUUGGCCACACAGGACUCGCCUGCCUGUUCCUGAAACGGGGGGCCGAUCUGGGGGCUCGGGACUCUGAAGGCCGGGACCCUCUGACCAUCGCCAUGGAAACAGCCAACGCUGACAUCGUCACCCUGCUACGAUUGGCGAAGAUGAGGGAAGCCGAGGCCGCCCAGGGCCAGGCAGGAGAUGAGACGUAUCUCGACAUCUUCCGCGACUUCUCCCUGAUGGCAUCCGACGACCCGGAAAAGCUGAGCCGGCGUAGUCACGACCUCCACACGCUUUGAUCUCAGCCAUCGAGGCCCCACACCCCCGGCACCCCACCACCACCACCGCCGGCCCCUUCGCCAUUAAAGCCUAAGUGCUUUGCUUA